CACUUUCAAGUAAGCUCAUUUGAAUCCCACUUUUUCAACCAGAAGUCUCAGAGUUUAUAGGGAGUUGUUGCAUAUUGCAACAUUAUUCACUCACCCUUGUGUCGUUCCAAGCCUGUAUGAAUUUCUUUCCUCAGUGAGGGAAAAUAAAUGGCAUUAUUUUCAUUUUACCUGAUUUCUUUACCAGAUAUACAUUUGAUACACUUACUUUAAUAGUCAUAAAGUAUCUACCGAUCUAUUAAGCAUUAUAUAACAGCUUUCCAUUGACGGAAGAAUAGUGCUACCGCCACCGAUCACCAGUCAGUCAGUCUGAUGCGCAUCAGCGCCUCCUGUCUUCACAAGAGGGAACUGCACUGACAUUCCAAGCCGAAUAUCUUUGAGUCGCUCUUCCUUGAGUCUCAUGGACUCAGCCAAUCUGAAUGCUGUGACGAGGAGAGGCAGGAUCCCAAUAUUUAACACACAGGGCACUGAUACAUCUACACCUGUCACUGACUGCUCCUCAUGAAGAACUAAUGCACUUUAUCUCCCUCUUCACAUACUGAAGAUAUCCACACAUGGGACUGCCGAUCCGACAUUUGUGCGGUUCUUGAGAAGUCACAACGGCGAUUUCCUCGUGUUCUGUUAUUAUUUACCGGGACAUUUUACAGAUGCGCUUUACCAUGAACCUGUAAGGAUGCGACAGGACAUCUGAUCACCUAAAAUCAAAGGCGCUACUCGCAACUAUGCCGAGAAGAAAUCUUUCUUGAUACAUCUGGAAAACAGCAGGAUGCAGAAGAAGAUUUUCGCACCUAUUUGAACAUGGAUCUCCCAUCAUAACGAGGAUUACAGCAGGACACCACAUGCGCCCCUGAAUCUCUUUAUUAUAGCCUGUAAUCAUACUGUAGCAAGUGCUUUAGGUUUAAAGAUGAUCCUCUUCCGUAAAUUUCGCGUGUUGAUUUUAAUGGUGUUUCUCGUCGCCUGCACCAUGCACAUCAUGAUAGACCUGUUACCCAAGCUGGAGAAGCGCGCUGCGGGAUCGGGCUCCAGCGCUGGAGGUGGAGGCGGCUGCUCCUGCUCUCACACACCGGGCGAGGAGUCUCGGUCCUGGGCCAAACAGCGCGCCAGAGCCGCCGCCGCCGAACCGGGCUGGCCUAAUAAACACUCUUUGAGAUUACUGCAGGAUUUCAGCAACGAACCCAGCUCCAAUCUCACUUCGCACUCACGGGAGAAGGUGACGGAGAGAGCUGAGUCUGAAAAGAGAGUGAGACAGCUGCAGCUGGGCUCGGAGAAGAGAGGGCUGAUGAGAGACUCGGCGAGCGGACAGAAGCAGAGAGCUGUCCAGGGUUCCUCCAGACUGAAGGCGCUCUAUGAGCAUCCCCUCUAUAAGACCGACCUGCCUCGUCUCUCUGAAGAUGACACCUUGUUCAACCUCAACAAUGAUAUCAGAUUCUACCCCAAAGCUGCCGGACAACAAGAAUGGCAUAAUGAGGGGAACGUAGAGGAGGAGGAGUAUAGUCCAACAGGGGAGGCCACUGCUGAGUCAUAUCCCAACUGGCUCCGCUUCCACAUCGGGAUUAACCGAUACGAACUCUACUCCAGACACAACCCCGUCAUCGGCGGCCUGCUGAAGGACCUGGUCUCCCAGAAGAUCACCAGCGUAGCUAUGAAGUCAGGUGGCACUCAGCUGAAGCUCAUCAUGUCAUUCCAGAACUACGGACAAGCCCUGUUCAAACCUAUGAAACAAACCAGGGAACAAGAAACACCCCCAGACUUCUUCUACUUCUCUGACUUUGAGCGACACAAUGCAGAGAUCGCUGCAUUUCAUCUGGACAGAAUCCUGGAUUUCCGGAGAGUUCCCCCGGUGGCCGGCAGGCUGGUGAACAUGACACGGGAGAUCCGAGACGUGACCCGUGACAAAAAGCUCUGGCGGACAUUCUUCGUAUCCCCAGCCAACAACAUCUGCUUCUACGGCGAGUGCUCCUACUACUGCUCCACCGAACAUGCCCUGUGUGGGAAGCCUGACCAGAUCGAGGGCUCCCUAGCUGCAUUUCUUCCUGACUUGGCACUAGCUAAGCGCAAGACCUGGAGGAACCCCUGGCGCCGAUCCUACCACAAACGCAAGAAAGCUGAGUGGGAAGUGGAUCCGGAUUAUUGUGAUGAAGUCAAACAGACUCCUCCGUAUGACCGAGGCACACGGCUCCUGGACAUCAUGGACAUGACUAUUUUUGACUUUCUAAUGGGCAACAUGGAUCGCCACCAUUACGAGACUUUUGAGAAGUUUGGAAAUGAGACUUUCAUUAUUCAUUUGGACAACGGCAGAGGAUUCGGAAAGCAUUCACAUGAUGAAAUGUCCAUCCUGGUCCCUUUGACUCAGUGCUGCAGAGUGAAGAGGUCGACAUACCUACGGCUACAGAUGUUGGCUAAAGAGGAGUUCAAGCUGAGCUCUCUAAUGGAGGAAUCGCUACUGCAGGACCAGCUGGCGCCCAUCCUCAUCCAGCCCCACCUGGAGGCCAUGGACCGCCGCCUGCGCCUGGUGCUCAAGGUCCUGUCCGACUGCGUGGAGAAAGAAGGCCUCUCAUCAGUGGUGGAGAACGAUCUGGACGGACAGUCCUCCUCGCACCACCACCAGGCGCAUGGAGGGAGGUAGUAAGGCCUGAACCUCGAUUCCUGCCAGUCAAUCCCCCACCAUGAGCCCCGCCGAGGCUUGUGCUCGAGUCACUCUGAAUUCAGUGAAUUCCAUGACUAGCCACCAAUGCCUCUGAGGAGCCACCCUAUUGUGUGUGUAGAUGAGGAUGUACAGAGACACAGCUAUCAGAGGAACUCUGGGACGAAGACGUUGUUUCUGAAUGGGUUUGAGCUGUGCUCGGAGCUGCAGUACAUACUAUUCUGUUGCAUCCUGAUUUGUUUGGACAAGUCUGCUGAUAUAAUUUAUUACAUUUGCAUAUUUCGAGUUGGCGAGUGUACAGACGAGUUGGAACCAAACGCUGGAACAGAGAUGAUUGUUGUCUUGGUACUCAGAUCUAUAUAUUCGAAUACACAACUGUGCUCAUGUAGGUCUUCGACAUAAGGGCACGUAAACGAGCUUUAAUGAUAGUACUGCAGUGCAGUACUACUGUGCAAGGACACUUAAACACAUCCUUCCCUGUGCAUUCACAACAUCAUUUCCUGCCAACUAAGCCAUCGUUUCAAUUGCACAUCGUGCCAUCAAGCCUUCAGUCAUCGUGUCAGAUUGGGCACGUUUGUUAUUUCACUUCAGAGGUGAAGUGUGCUUCAUUUGAGGUUAUUCAGUGGUGAAGCACGUGUUUUAACAUCUCCGUGGAGGAAAAGAGAAUGACGCUGAUUGGUUCUUCAGGCGUCCUGUGCCCGCAGUCAGUGUUUCCCAUCUCAGGCCUCAUACUGAAUACACCUGCUCUCUCUUAAUGAGAACCUUAAGGACGGCUGAUGCUAUGCUAGCGGAAGUUCAUAAUGAUGUUAGUCGUACUUCACGCUGCAGGUAUCUCGUGUCUCAUCUGGUGGUGUGAUUUCAGUGCUUGAUUAUAGAGUAGGGCACAGACUCGAGGGAAUAAAACAAACCAAUCGGAUGUGUAGGCAAACUGACACCGUGUCCUAACCAGGAAACAACAAACGAUAAGUCCUUUAAUGUUAAAAUGAGUUUUUGUCCUAACUAGCUGACAAGAAAUGACCAACGAGACCAGGGGAGUCCAAACCUGUUACUAAAGGGCCACUGUUCUGCAGAAUUUAGCUCCAGCAUAGGGCUGAGCAAUAUGGCCAAAAAAAAAUUCAUGUCAGUCCAUGUAGAUAAUUUCUUUUUAGUUUAAAGGCAGAUUUUUGCUCCUAAGUGAAAGUUUAAGAAACCACACCUUUAAUCAGUGUUGCCAAGUCUGCGGUUCAUGUCCGUGGGUUUAAGCGACCUCGAAAACAUGAUUUUUAGCCCCUGGAAUAUGAUUUUUACCAGGUGACCCCCUCAAAAACGGGCUAGUUUUUAGUAACAAUUGAGUGGAUUUUGUUGUGAAAACCUGGCAACCCUGCCCUUAAUUGUGUUUUUAAACCAGUCUCUAUGGUCAGAACAUGACAAACACUUCACAUUUUUGAGAUCUUUACACCUCUCCAGUCAUUUUUCCUUAACAAAAAAAAAUCUUAAUAGAAAAAUUAAUUUCUUAGUUUCUGCAUUAUUUUGAAUCAUAAAACAGGUUUGUGUUGCCUGACUUCGAUGACAUGUAUCUUCAACACAGUUUGCAUUGCAGACUGCAAUAUUAAUAAUAAUAGAUUUUUUGUCUCUUAGAAAUGCACAUUUGACAGUAGCUUGAGUUAGGAUGCAAAUGUACAUUUAUGUUCAUUAUCAAAAACAGUAAAGUCUGUAAAAAUUAUAACAACCUCAUUUUUAUAUGGUGAAAUAUAAUUAUUCUGACUGUUUAAGUUUUAUUGAAAUUAGCCAUUGGUCUUCCAUAGUAGCAUACAUUUAACCACACUUAAAACCACACAUAGAGCACUUCAUUACCAUGGUUAAAAAUAUAACUAUAUGGUUUCUAGGCAUUUUGAAUGAAAACCAGUAGUCUAAAUAGGCUACAUUUAGGAUAAAUGCACAAACACUAUAGCAUGAAUUCUACAUGAAUUUUCAUAUGUAUAGCCCACAUUUCUGGCACAAUACCAUGGUGCAGUUAAUGUUACUACAAUAAAUCCGUGGUAAAUGGCGAUUUUUAGAUUGAAAAACCUUUUUCAAUGGGUUGCCAGGUCUGCAUAACAAAACAAGUCCAAUUGCUACUUAAAAUAACCCAAUCACGGCCAAAAUUAUCUCAAUUGCUUUCUGGGGGAAAAUGGCUAUCAAAAUGGGAUUCCAGGGGCUCAAAACUUAAUUCCAGGAAGCCGUAUAGAAGUAGCCCAAUUUAGAGGGAAAACCGCAAGACUGUAUUGUUGCACACAGUGUUUCUCCUGUUUGUCAGUGCCAUUUCAUUUGGCUUUAAACUAAUUUAUGUGUUCUUCGCUGGAUUCAAGCAUUUCACACUGGAUCUCACAGCGCUGUUUAGUGUUCGCGUGACCGAGAUUUAUCAGCGAGCAAGCGCAUCUGCUCUAGUAAACUUGUGCUGCACUGCUGUUUGAACUUUGAUCUGGGGUGCAUUUCCCAAAAGCAUCAUUAGCCAACUAUGGUCGCAAGUUCCGUCAUUACCAACAUAGUUCAAUGAUUCAGUGUUUCCCGAAACCAUAGUUCAAACGAACAUUCGCAAACAGCGUCACAAACUUACGUGGUUUUAACUACAGCUCUCCACCUGUGGUUAGAAACAUAGUUCCUUGUUAGUAAGACAUAUGGGCUCAAUAAAUUCUCUUGGGCACAAUAUGCAAGCUAACAUGCAGUACAAUCUAUAUCUUUCACUCGAUCUAAUUAUAAAUGCAUUUUAAUCUAUGUAUUUUUAAGCUUCCUCUGUAAGCGCUGUUAUUACCCUGUGACGUCAUUAACAACGGCCCUACAUUGUUGAACUAAUGUGGUUCAAACAACGGAGAUGCGACUGCGUUCGGGAAACAGUUCAUGACUAGCUAGUUCGUUUCCAGAACAAUGCAUCGUACUGUGGAGGUUAUUCAGUGAGUUAAAUCGUUGUAUGGGAAACGCACCCCUGAGCGGAUAAAUGGUCCAUGUGUCACGGAUCAAAUGAGUAUCGCUGUUUCGUUGCGCUUUUGGCACACAAACAUUAUUAAGCCAACUCUUAGUAUCGUUUUAUCAAGGAAAAUUAUAUCGGUAUCGUUUUAUCACCCAGCCCUACUCUAAGAUACCCUACAAUACCUGGCUGGAAGUUUCUAGUAUGCCUAAAGAGCUUGAUUAUCUGGUUCAGGUAUAUUUAAUUAGGGUUGGAGUUAAACUCUGCAGGACAGUGGCCCUCCACAAACAGGAAUGGACCCCUGGAUAAGCCAUUUUGGUUGGUUUCUGUUUCUUUGGAGUCUAUUUUUUAGCUUUGCCAACAGUGAACUCUCACUGGUUUGAAAUCCUGCUCCAAAUAACUGUGUAUUAUGCUGCAUUCCAGUCAGACGUGGGAUCUUAUCUCUCAUCCGUUUCAGCGCUCAGUGUUCAGAACAUGACGUGGCAAACCAAAUGCUCUUGUUAGCUUUGCACAUGUUCCAUGGUCUAUGAAGAUCUGUCCUAGAAAUCAGUUUGGGAAGGUUACAUGAUGGUAAUCAGUGCAAGCAUUUGUUGUUCUGUGAUUAUUAACAGAGAGGUUCAAUCAAACCGUUUCUCUGGUUUUAUUAUAAUGAAAUGUGGGUACUUGGACUUGCAUUCAUUUACAAUCAAUAACAGUCUCAAUAUCUGCUGUACACAAAAUCUUAAGGUGGAAGUGGCGUUCCAUUGCACUUUUCCAAAUAAGAUUUUAGACAUUAUGACUUUUCUGAGUUGAACAGAAUGCAUGUGUGUUCUGGGGCCGGAUUCACAAAUAUCUUCUGAAGAAAUAAUGUCAUUCAUAAAAAUGAGUUCCCUAUUUGGGUCAAUUUUGUAGAGUUGUUACUGAAUUUCAAAUUCAGUAAAAAGUCAUGUUACGCAUAAUCAUGACUGAACAUUGUUUAUCAAUCAGAGGUGUCUUAUAUGGAUAUUAUAAGUAUGUAGCUAAAGUGUUGUGUUGAAAUGCGUAAUAUUUGAGACGACCAAAUUAAAUGUAUUAAACCUCUUAUCUUUGGGGGUUUAAGAUAAGAUGGAGGUUAUUCUAAUGUAUUUACAAAACAUUCUUGUCAGGAAUUUUGUUUUUGAAUACAAUAUGUUCUUUUUUUCUUAGGUUGUAAAUUAAGAUGACAAUAACAGUUAAGAAAAUCGUACUCUUACGAAUCAUUUGUGAAUCCAGCACUGAUUAGCAAAUUACUUGUCACUGGAAAGUGGUGAGGACAUGGUGUAAUGCUCAUAGAUCAUUUUAUAAUACAAAAUCAUUCCCUUCCUACUGUUUUGUUUUGUUUUUCAGCAUUACUCACAUAUACCUUUUCAACAAAAGUUAUUAUUCCAUUGUUCUGUAUUAAACAUGUUUUCAGCUCUCACUUCUUUUGUAUUGUGUAAACUAUGGCCAAAAGGCAGUAGAGUGCCUUUUAUCUUUCUAGCAGUGGUGAUUGCCACUUCCGGUCUCAUUCAUUCAUUCAUAUUCACGGCAUCACAUUUUAAAGAAGUUUUAGUUGGUUUCUAAAUGAACCUUUUGGAAGUAGUUGUGUGUUGUAAAAGCUCACAAUGCUAUUUAUUAAGAAAGAGUACAUUUGUGAGGUAAACUUCUUGGGAUUUAGGUCUUAUUUUGCAUUUGAGAUUUUUUGUGUGCUUUAAAUGAAGUCCCUGUUCCUCACAGACAUUGUAAAGAUGAUUUGAUAGUCUGACUGCUCUGUGUAAAGUGAGGGGCCACAUGUGUGUUUUGUGUUUAACCCCAGUGCCUGUGCAAUGCUCAAGAAACUUGAAUGUUUUGGGAUUAUUCACAAACGGACCUUUUAGUAGCCCACGGCAUGGACUCAAAGGGUUUUUUAUUUGUUAUUUUUUGGUUGGCAGUAAGUAAUUGUGGGAUGGUCAAGGCUUUCUAUUAGCCAAACAGAUUUAAAAACGUUCCCAAUACUCUCAGUGUUUCUGUACAUAUCUGUAAAUAUGAUACGUUGAUCCAAAAGGCUGUUUUUGGAGCGAAAAAUAUGCUUCAGUUUUCUUUCUUUUAUUCUCUUAGGCAUUGUUACUGUGAAGAUCUGUUUGCAAAAUGAUAAAAGUGUGCAAUAAAAGAAGCUAUGUUGUUGAA